AUGGCUAAGAAGUCUGAGAACACUGGGGGCAAGCUGGUUACUAUAUCAGUUGUGGGGUUGUCUGGCACUGAAAAAGAAAAGGGGCAGCUAGGUGUUGGGAAGUCUUGCCUUUGUAAUCGUUUCGUUCGAACAGACGCCGAUGAUUACAAUGUCGAUCACAUAUCGGUGUUGAGUCAAUCGGACUUCAGCGGGCGCGUAGUGAACAACGACCACUUUUUGUACUGGGGCAGUGUUCAAAAGGAGCAAGAUGAGCAGGAGUAUGGGUUUGAAGUGGUGGAACAGACAGAGUUUGUAGACGAUGCGUGCUUCCAGCCGUUUAAAGCAGUGGGCAAAACGGAGACUUACGUGAAAAGAUGUAUAGCGACUAAAUUACAAUCUGCCGAAAAGCUAAUGUACGUGUGUAAGAACCAACUGGGCAUAGAAAAGGAAUACGAACAAAAAUUAAUGCCAGAUGGCAAGCUAAGUGUUGAUGGGUUCCUGUGCGUGUAUGAUGUUAGUCUGGUGCCGGGACGCAGUUGGGAGAAACAGAACGAAAUCCUGGCAGCAAUACUCCAAAAUAUACUCAAACUAAAGAAACCAGUCGUGCUAGUUACGUCUAAAAAUGAUGAAGCGUGUGAGCAAGGUGUCAGAGAAGCGGAGAGAUUGGUCCAAAGGAAGGAGUUUAAAGGAUCAAUACCGAUAGUGGAGACGUCCAGUCACGACAACGUUAAUGUAGACCAGGCCUUCUUCCUCCUGGCGCAAAUGGUGGACAAGUCUAAAGCUAGGAUUAAGGUUGCUAACUAUGCAGAGGCGUUACGAAUAAGAAGAGAGGCCUUAGACUUUGUCACUGAGGCUUUCACGCAGCUCAUCAGAAUACACGUCCAGGAUCACAAGGAAAUGUGGUCAUCAGUUAGCAAAAGGUUGUGUCAUUAUCCAGAAUGGGUUAAAUUCGUCCAGCAGUUCGGCAAUGAUGGUACACAGGUUGUCUUUCGACGUCACAUAAAGAGAUUGAAAGAGGAACGGUCAGCGAAGAAACUACGCAAGCAAUUAGCCAAGUUACCGCAAGUGUUGGCGCGCAUGCAGCUGCCUACCGACGAGCUGCAGGAGAAUGACUGGUGCGCGGUGGUGCGUCAGCUGCGCGCGCACCGCGACUUCGGCGUGUACUUCACGGCGCGUGCGGCCUCGCCGCCCUCCGCCUCCGCCUCCGAGCCCGACAGCCCGCGCGCCGACGACGCCACGCUGCGCGUCGGCGAGCGCGCCCGGUACCAGACGUUAGGUCAAUCGCAGAAAAUUCCUUACGAAAUACUAGAAACUAACGAAGCGGCAGCUAUAUUUAAGACUUAUCUCCAUGAAGCGCAAGAGAAGCAACGAAAUUAUGAAUGGUGUCAGCAGUUCAAGCGUCUUCUAGAAGAAACCGGUUAUGUGACACCAGGAAAGCAAUUAUCCGAAGUGAGAGUUCUUUUAAUGGGCCGAGAAUGUUACGAAGCCCUCACAGAGGAGCAACAACAGAGGGUGUAUGAUGAACACCAAAGGGAGAUACAGAGACGAGCCAAGCAUAAUUUGCAGGAACUUCUAUUAGAGCAUGCAGAUUUGUUCUACCAUUUCAAGAGGAUAUCGCCCACUGGCACUAUUACUCAAGAAGACAUCAAGGAGAUUACUGAUGUAUUGCAGGAUGAUUUUAGAUACAAAAUGCUGGAUCGCAUGGAGCAAGACAGGAAGCUGAUGCUGUUCCAGCACCUGGGCUUCGUGCACUGCCCCAUGCGCGAGCACUGCCCUGCUGCAGCCAACUGCCUCGAUGCGACUCUGCCCGUCAUACUCAACACCAGAGUUGGGUCGCUAACAUCAACGAACGAGUCGCAGUGCCAAGCGGGUCCGCCCGCGGCGCCUUGGGCGCUUACCACCGACUCUUCGCAAAUCAACAUCAUCAUACUUGGGGUGGAAGGCGUGGCCGGCGAGUUCGGCAAGCGGCUCACGGCCGGCUGUGACAGCGAGCGCCGCGUUACCGUGGCGGGCACGGCGUGGCGCGUGGAGCAACGUCUGCGCACCGAUGACUUCGCCGCCGACGCGCCGAGGGACUUCGCGCCAAAUGGAUAUUUCUGUGUGUAUCAAGAUCAAGAAUCGUUUGAAUAUAUCAGGGGCUGUGCUGAGAAAACGCUUUUAUCUAGUCUGGAACAAGAGGAUAAAUUACCAUUUCAGGGCUUACCUUUGGUAGUGAUGUUCGUCCAAGAUGAGGGAAUGGAUAAGAAAGAAAUUGCACGGCUUCAAGAGGAGGGGCAAAAUCUUGCUGAUAAUCUCCAUUGCUCGUAUAUGGAGGCGUCAGUGAACGAGCUCGGCACUGAGGCGCUGACGGCGGAUGCUGUACAGGAGCUGAUAAGAGCCAACAGGGAGAAGGCGAGCUAUGCGCAUCUCUACAGGGAUCUCAUUGUUUGCUUCGAUGCUGAUAUACGUAUAAUGGUGUGUAUGUUCUGCGAUGACCCGUACUCGCCCGAGCGCGUGCUGAGCCCGCUGCUGCUGCACCGCGCCUGCUUUCUCACCGGCGACCGCUCCAUACUCAUAGAGACCUUCCUUGGGGACUCCAAGAGAAAAGUCGAAGUAAUAAUUUCAAGCUUCCAUGGCGCUAGUCAAUUUAGAGAAGAGCUCAUACAUGGUUUUAUCCUAAUAUAUUCGGCGAAACGGAAAGCAAGUUUAGCUACUCUCAAUGCAUUCUCGAUGAAUAUACCAAACUUACCAAUACAAAUGGUGGCGGUGACGGACGGCGGCGGCUCUGCGGCUAACGCGUUCUUCGGCACAGACCUCGGACACGCGCUCAUCACGGAGGGCAAUGCUACUGCCGACCGACUCGGAGCACACUUCACUACGUACACGUCUAGUGCUGAGAAUAAAUCGGCAUUCUACACGCCGUUCUUCAAGGAGGUGUGGGAGCGCAAGGGUGAGAUCGAGCGCGCGUUCCGGCUGGAGGCGCCGCGCCACCACAACCUGCCGGACGUGGCCGCCGCGCGCCCCGCGCCGCCGCCGCGGCUGCACUCGUACCAUCUGGAUCAUAAAAUGGAGCACAAGCUCACCAACUCGCUGGACCUACUAAUAGGGCCGGACUCGCGCGCCGACAUCGACUCGGAGUAUAGCGAUACGAUAAAUAACUCCAAGAAUAGAGGUUUCUUGAAAGGUUUCAGUGUUUACCCGCCUCCUAGCACGCCGCCGGAACCCGCACCGCCAGAUCAUAGAAUGCACGCAGAUCUAUCACCGGACCUCAACUGCUCCGAGGACUCGCUGAGCACGCACGAGUCAGAUGGUGGUGGACUUUGGCAGCCAGCCGGCUACGGGCAAAGAGCGUUCACUACUGGCCGUGCGAGGGCGCCUCCUCCUCACCAUCAGAGGUUGAGGCAUUCGCAGACACUUAAGCAACCUGGCAAACUGGAUAUGAACAACUAUACAAUGGUGAGCGAUGCGCUACAACACAUCACUAUUGGCCCGCCUCAUCCCAGGGAGAGAAAGUCGCAGCGCUCUGGCUGGUCGCACGGCGGGCAGCCCGGACACCACCACCCCUCCGGCGUCAGCUCUGAGACGGAACUAGACGCGCAGUACGCACAGGUCGAUGAAGCCAUCGAGGCAAACCGACCCAUCGUUUCUAAUUCACCGACGAUCGAGAGGGAAAGGCAAGAGAGAGAGGACUCUUCCUGUUCCAGCAGUUCGUCAAGCAGCGAGCCUGAAAAAGAGGAACCUCCGCGCAAGAAAUCAAAACGAGAUGCUCAGGUAACGGUCGAUCUCCGGAUCGACGCGUUAUACGAACAGGUCAGUUUCCUUACAAAUUUAAUUAUGCAUCAGCAAUGUGCGUCAUCAUCAAAUACAAAUGUGACCGCGAAAACCACUGACGUGAUUGAACAACCUGAACAGAAUAAUGAUGAUUUCUUGACCAAUCCUUGCUCUAUUACACCAAAAUCAUUAGAUUUAGGUUUUUGUAAAACUGAUUUUGAUGAGAAAAAAGUUCUUAAACCAGCCGAUGAACAACGUUUAAACCAGUUGAUAAAACUGCAACAUUUUAAUACAUCUACGUGGCAACACAUUCGGUAUAAAAAAGCAUUGGCAGACAUGCUUGCGUUCCCAGGCUUUUGUAACUUAAAAAUUAAUGAAGAAAUAUGUUGUUUAAAUAAGGGCAAAGAUUUCCUGGCCUCAACGGAGGAAAUUAUGGCUGCAAUUACCAAUGCUUUACUAUACCAAAGGCAAUUACUACAAUCAGGUUUACAAGAAAUUGUUAAUUGGUCUCACAAUAAUCCUACAGAACUAACUUCUAAUAACCUUUUUAAUAAAAUAAGCGAAAUGUUCGGUAAUUCGUCGCCAUCUUAUAAAUUAUCUGAACAAACAUUACAAAUCGUCUGCGGGAAACGAGCGGAGUGUAUAGAAACUAGGAGUAAAAGAUUAAUUAGCGAAAUUUCUGAUAAAAGUAUUCAAGCCGCUCUCGUUAACAUACCUCCUAGCGAGGAAUUUCUAUUCGAGAAAACACAAUUGAUGUCGCUGGUGCAAUCCCUCGGCGGGCCUCAUUAUUGGUUAUCACCCCCACAAACCUCUAAAAAUAGGUACCAAGCAAUUGGGGUAGCUAAACCAAAAUCAGUUAGGUCAUGUGUUAGUUGGGACCCAAAUGUUGUUCUGGAAUGGCUUUCAGCUAAUUCACCUAAAGAUACGCUCUUUGAAAUAUCGCGUAGAACAGCAACAGUGUUAUUGCUAGCUUCUGGACGUAGAGUCCACGAUAUUACCUUGUUGCGAAUUUCCAGAGACAACUAUCUCGAUAAUGGACAAAACAUCUAUUUAAUACCGGCAUUUGGUUCAAAGACUGACAGACAUGACUGCCGCCAAUCUGCUUGGAAGCUGUCUAAACAUCCUGAUAAGAACAUCUGCCCAAUAAAAGAAACAAAUGAGUACAUGGAAGCACCUUCUAUGACAAGACUCCGGAGACAUAGAAGACAUGAAAAAGCACCUUUACAUCAACCAUCGUUCUCCGAGACGGACAGCUCGGGGUCGAGCGAGGCGUCGGGCGGCGCGCGCGCGCACGUGCGGCGCCGACACGUGCACCACGCGCACGCGCCGAGGCAUUACAAGAAACGGUCGUUGGGAAACCUAGUAGCGGUACAAAGUCCUAGAGUGCCCAAGCUGGGCAUGUUCGUCGGCCCGCCCGAGCUGCCCACCGGGUACAGAGCGAGGACGCAGGAGGAUAAAGUCCCAAGUGACUCGAGCGAAGGCAGCUCGGACGGAGAGACGCGAAGACCGCGGCCAUUACCGCCGCCCCCGCAUCAUGAGCCCACUCAUAAGAUGCUAUCCGGGGAAUACCCGUCGUCCGCCCAGGACAACUCGUCGUCCAGCGCGGCGGACUCGCGGCGGCGGCAGGCGUUCGGGAAACACGACAGGAGGCAUAAGGAAUUUUCAAAGAGCAAAGACAAGAAGAACUCCUCACAGAUACAAAAUACGAAUUCGAUACAAAAUUGGGGACCACAGGGCCCUCACGGAGUGCCUCUCUUCGUGGAGAAAUGUAUAGAGUUCAUAGAGCGAGAGGGACUUGCCUCAGAGGGACUGUACCGAGUGCCCGGCAACAGGGCUCAUGUUGACAUGUUGUUUAAUAAGUUCUAUGAAGAUCCCAACAUAGAUUUAGAAUCAUUAGACAUCCCCGUGAACGCGGUGGCGACCGCCCUCAAGGACUUCUUCUCUAAGAAACUACCUCCGUUGCUGGACGAGGCCAGUAUGGCGCAGUUAGAGGAUAUUGCGGCAAUGCGCGGAUGCAUCGCCGGCGGCGUAGAGCUGAAGGACCGCAGCUGGCGCCUGCUUGCUCUGCGCGCGCUGCUCGCCUCCGCGCUCACGCCCAACGCGCGCGCCACGCUCGAUUACCUGCUGCACCACUUCGCCAGGUACACCUCACACCCCCGCUGGGCUCGCCGACACGAUGACACGCCGACAAUUGCCGGUAUAUGCCGACAUGCUGACAUGCCGAAA